CAGCGAGCCUGGCUCUGUUCCGUCGGGCCGUCCCACUUCAGAGCUCCUGAGGGGGACAUACGGCUGGGGAAGGGGACAGACGGGAGACAAGAGCUCUGCUCUCAUGACACCUGCUCAGGGCACGGCUCAGUCCCCUCGCAUGUAGGCAGCUGAGGCCAUCCAGGCUUACAGGCAUUCAGUCACAGUUCCUUCGGCCAAGACGAGGUGGUACCCUUGAGGGGGCUUGGUCACUUGACCUCGCGAACAGACAACAAGGAAAUACACCUCCUUAUGACUGAAGGAGAAAGUGAAACAGAACAGAGCAGAAGCCAGAGCUCCAGGGGAAAAAGAAAAUGGAAGAGAAUCCUAGUGUGGAGAUUUCUAGAGCUGGGCCAGCUCAAGGUGCAGUGGAGAGAACAGCUGAUCAUCCUGUGAUCCAAGAGGCCCUCGAACAAACACUUGAGUACCAAGUGACAAGCAGGUGGCCUGGGACCUCCUGCAAACCAGAGGAGGACUCUCUGGUGUGUGAAUCACCAGCUGCUGAUGGAGAGAUGGCACUGUCAGGUCCAGCUGGCCUCAGAGUAGAGGAAAAGGUUCCCCUGCAAACUGAAGAAUCUGAGAAGAAAAGAGAUGAGAUCUCAGAAGGAUCCCCUGGAGAAGAAGACUUGGAUGAAGCCAGGCGGACUCACGAUGAAAUGGAUGCCAAAGACAACAUCCCUGCCUGCCAGGAGACACAGGAGAACCCAGAGAUAAGCAGGCACUGUGGGGGCUCUUGCACAGCAGAGGAGGAUGCUUCAUCAAGAAGCAAGUCACUGAGCUCUGACGGUAAAAUGUCACAUUUGGAUGUGACUGCUACAGAAAAUGUCACCAAGGGCCCAUUUGCAGAGAAGAGCACCACUGCCCUUCUCCAAGAGCAGGAGCCAGAAGAACACCUAGAGCAAGAAGCGCAGGAGAGCAGAUCCCAAGGCACAUUAAGGAACAGACGUGGGACCAAAGGGCACACAGCUCCAGAUCCAGAGGCUCAGAUGUUGACAAACUUCACCACCCAAAACACAGACCAGAAGGCCAAAAAGUCCCUCUUGAUGAAAGGGCUUAUGGUGAUGGCCAUCAUACUUUUUGUCUGCUACUUCUCCGUAUUCUGCUUUGGCAUCCCGACCUCUGAGUCCCAGCAAGUCCCCAGGAACCCCAUGGUGGAGGCCUUUGUGUCCCAGUUCAACCAGCUGCAGGACAUGUUUCCAGGGCAGAGUGCCCAGCUCUGGCUUCGUGGGCGCAAGGUCCUGCAGAAGCACCUCAAUGCAUCCCACCACACGCAGCCGGCCAUCAUCAUCUUCACAGCCGCCCGCAGGGGUGAGCAGACCUUGCGAUGCCUUAGCACCCACGUGGCUGACACCUACUCAUCUGCCCUGCAUGCCGGAACGGUCCAGAUUGAUGGGAGGAGUAAAUCCAGGCUCCAAAGUCACCGUGCCAAGCUAGAGGUCGACUCAGAGCUGAGCUCAGCUUUCCAGGGCGGGGACCGUGCUGCAGUGAUACACCACUUUGAACUGCUGCCUGCAGGGGCUACCCUCAUCUUCUAUAAGUACUGUGAUCAUGAAAGUGCUGCUUUCAAGAAUGUGGCCUUGCUGCUGACUGUGCUGUUGGAGGAUGAGAUGCUGGAGACCCACAUCAGCCCCAAACAGGUGGAAGAGAGAGUUCAUGACUUCCUCUGGGACAAGUUCACCAGCACCAGCGCUCCCAGCUCAUACGACCACAUGGACUCUGACAAGCUGAGUGGGCUGUGGAGCCGCAUCUCCCACCUGGUCUUACCAAUCCACCCAGUGCAGACCAUCGAGAGGGGGGGCUGCAAGGUCCACACCAAACCGUAGGGACAAAGGCUCCCAAAGGACAAAGCCAGAAGUCCAGGAAGGGUUGGAAAGACAGUCCUGGCUGACCCUGGUGCAUGUGUAGGCACACACAGUACUAUUUCUCUUCAAUUUGUUUCCCCUACUGUGAUGAGUCUGACAGGAACAAGUAGAUCCAGGACACUUGGCCAGCUGAGUCCUAAAGAUGAUAGGUCACACAAUUCUUUCUGGCAGAUGUGAAGAAUGGAUAUUUUAAGCUGCUAAUUGCACAGGAGAACUUCACUCUAUGGGGAGGCAUAAGGGAAAAGUGGACUUUACAGGUAGCAUUUCUGUCAGGAAAUACUCAACUGAUGUACACAACUGGUACACCAGAAAAAUUCUUCAGUUCAUAGCUCUUUCCUUGCUCCCUGCCUGUCGGUUUGAUGAUGUCGUGUACAUCAGUCUCACAAUGUACUUUAUCCAGUAGGUUUCUCUCUCUUUUCAGAGAGCCACUGGAACACAGGAAGGUCAAAUUCCCCAAAGCUAUGCUUCAGAAAGAAAAACAAUUUGCUAUUUAAGGGUUUGACCAAUCUUUAUGGAGUCCCACAUGUACAGACAGACUGACACUCAGCAAAGAUGAGACCCUAAAUAUAGGAUGUUUAACCAAACCUGCAACUCAGAAAUCUCCUAAACACCAAUUACAAGAAAUGUCAGGUUUUCAGUACUUAAACUGCACUCAUGGGGGGAUCCCAUGUGCCAGAGAACAAGCUCCAAAGACAGAGAGCAAUGAAACAGAAACCACCUUGUUGUUGCCUUGUUGAUGUGAAGCCUCAAGGGAUUGCACAGGUGGAAGAAUGAGUAGUACAGUUUAAUACUACCUUUAAAAAAAAAAUGUCCACAUUACCACCACAAGGCUAUGAUCAUCUCUUUGAGCUGAUGCAUCAGCUUUGAUUGUAGAUGAGAGCUUGCUCUUCCCCUGAUCUCCUACCUGUCCAUAGGGCUGGAAGCCUUCUGCUUGCCUCUCCCCAGCUAGCUUUUAUUGAUGAAUGCAGAUGUUACUGUUGGCAUUUUUUUCAAACCAUGUAAGAUAGCACACCAGGGUCUUUGCCCUCCAAAGGUACAUUUGCAGCCCUGCCAGGCAGCUGCUGCUCUGGCAUAUGCUAAAGCAACAAGGAGCAGAGUUAGGAUUAGCUGGUAAAGACAAAGUCUCUAGCAUUAACACUAAAAAUCCUCAACCAAGUAGACUGGUUUCUUACUGUGCCUCUUCCUGCACCCCAGGAAGAGAAAUCCAACUCGUGGAAACACUGUGGUGCCCUCACAUGCUGCCUUUCUGCAGGUGCUCUGGGGUAGAGCAGCCAGCUCAGAGAGCACCUGGGGAGGAGGUGCAAGUUGGGGUAUCACUAGUAACCCAAGAGUCAGGCCCAGGUGCCAACCCCUUGUGCUUACAAGUGCCUGCCAGAGAAGGAGCAGCUGGAACACAGCAUGGCUUCUUUCAAUAUAAGCAGCACAGACUCUGCAUCUGAACAAGACACAAAUCAAGAACACUCUAGUGUUUUUUACAAGCAGUGCAUUUUAGGGCUCCUUGUGCCAACGCAACUCUGUUGUUGGCUGGAGAGAUCCCACCAACGGUGCCUUGAGGGUCUGCCCCACCACAGCCCCUCACCCUAAACCCACAGCCUGACUCUUCUUACUCACACCGUGUGCCUUGCUCUCUCAGAUUUUUUGCCAUUAACUUGGAGGAGGAGACAAAAGAUAAGGAAGAGGAGGGUGUUAUGUGUUCAAAUUCUAACCAAAGAAGAUAUUUUUUGUUUAUCUGGGGACAUAAAUGCAAGACCACAGGGGUUUUAAACCUGAAAAAAAUGAGAAUUUCUUUCCAGAGUCCAUUAGGGCAGCCUGGGGCAUGGUUUUGUACAAGAUGCAGGUUGCUUCCCUCCCUCCCAUUUAUUACUAUACACUACUUUAGUAACAGAAAACACUAUUUCUGCUUUGCACAGUUCAGUGCAUCAGGGUGUUGAUGUAAGAACCAGCAAAAUGUUAAUCAUGAUCAGUAUCUCAAGGGAAACCUAUGUUUUACUGUUAUCUCACCCUUGGUUGUAUGUAUGUACUGUGUUUGUAAUGCAUAGCCAGGAUAUCCACGCCAGAGAUAUUUUUUAUGACCUUUUAAAGACAAAAAUAUCUACUUGCUUCUGAAACAAGACUUCUAUUUGAAAAUAAAGAAUGAGAUUGUGAAAGAAAGCAGCAAAGACUUUGAGGUGAGACUGGAGUCUUACCAUAUUCUUGUUUGUAGCUUUGUUUGCUUUUUCCUAGCUAGUUUCAUCACAUUAAGCAUAUCAUAUUUUACAAAGUUUUAUUUAGGUCAGGGGCUGUAGUUAUGCAAACAAAGCGAGUAUUUGCUUUUCCAGAAAAAACCCAAACAACUCUUCAAUUGUUUGGGUAACAAUUCACAGCUUUUUCAACUAAGGCAAAAGUAAAAACUAACCCCCAAAGAGCUGCUGAAUUGGACCCAGUCUGAAACAUACUAGAUUUGCAUAAUACAUAAUGAUAAUAAUUCAACUGAAAUCCACUGGCAACUUAAAUGUUUCAGAAGUAUAAAAAGCAAAUGCUUGUCAUUUCAGCACCCUGAAUCAAACCAGUUCCACACAACGUCACACCACCUCAGCACACAC